UGCGGCAGUGAAAAAAAGGAAGGGGGGAGGGCGGUAACCACAGAAGAGGUUGUUUAUAAGACUGAUUUGGAGUGGAUACUUGUACUGUCGCCUGCUGACGGACCCUCCGCUGCUGUGUGUGUUUUGCUCACUUCUGGGAAAAUUGGAAACUGUUUCAGGAACAGGCUGUAACCCCGGUACCACCGUAGGUCCCAGCUGUCGAGGGGUGGAGCCUGUUCGGUGUGGGAGAGAAGCAACUGAGCACGGUGUGUCACCGGGUCCUGAUGGAGGAGCAGCUGGGAGGGCGAGGGGAGGAGCACCAUGUUUCCCUGCAUGUGCUCCUGGCCCCGUGCUAAGUGCCCCCAUGACCACGCCCUCGAAGAGCCACGCCCACCCGCGCUCCCGCCGAUCUCACCGCCUCCGCCGCUCAUGGAGUCCCUCAUCGUGGUGACGGAGUACGAUCCCAGCGGCUGCCCCUCGCCCGUCGCUCCAGGGGAUGAGGUGGAGGACAUGGACAGCAGCGUGUCCCCGGAGCCGGUAGCACCGCCCCUGCCGGGGGCCCAGGAGGGCCGCUCCAGACUCAGCCUGUCCAACCGCAAGCUGUCCCUGCAGGAGCGCCCUCAUGCGGCCUCCUCGCCCUGCAGCUCGCCCGGGCCCACCAACGGCCGCUACAUCUACCCCUCCCUGCCCUACUCCCCCAUAACGUCCCCGCACUCCUCGCCGCGCCUCCCUCGCAGGCCCACCGUGGAGUCCCACCGGGUCUCCAUCACAAACCUCCAGGACUGCGUGCAGCUGAAUCAAUACAAGCUGAAAGACGAGAUCGGAAAGGGCUCUUAUGGUGUUGUCAAGCUUGCGUACAAUGAAGACGACAACACCUAUUACGCGAUGAAAGUGCUGUCCAAGAAGCGGCUGAUGAGACAAGCCGGAUUCCCACGGCGGCCCCCUCCCAGAGGAGCAAAAGGGGCUCCGGAGAGCUCAGCCCAAGUCAAGGGGCCCCUUGAACGGGUCUACCAGGAGAUCGCCAUCUUAAAGAAGCUGGACCACCCCAACGUGGUGAAGCUGGUGGAGGUGCUGGAUGACCCCAGCGAGGACCAUCUGUACAUGGUGUUCGAGCUCGUCAAACAAGGCGCUGUGAUGGAGGUGCCCACAGAGAAGUCACUAAACGAGGACCAGGCUCGCUUCUACUUCCAGGACCUGCUCAGGGGAAUCGAGUACUUGCAUUACCAGAAGAUAAUCCAUCGGGACAUCAAGCCGUCAAACCUCUUGGUGGGGGAAGAUGGACAUGUAAAGAUCGCCGACUUCGGUGUCAGUAACCAGUUUGAAGGAGCAGAUGCUCUCCUGACCAGUACGGUGGGGACUCCAGCCUUCCUGGCCCCUGAGGCCCUUUCCGAAACCAGGAAGAACUUCUCUGGCAAGGCCUUGGAUGUUUGGGCCAUGGGAGUAACUCUGUAUUGUUUCGUGUUCGGAGUGUGUCCCUUCAUGGACGAGCGGAUCCUGAGUUUGCACCAGAAGAUCAGGACGCACCCUCUGGAGAUUCCGGAGCAUGCAGAUGUGUCUGAGGAUUUGAAAGACUUGCUCUUUAAGAUGCUGGACAAGAAUCCUGAGACCAGAAUUACGGUGCCCCAGAUUAAGGUGCACCCCUGGGUGACCAGGCACGGUGCUGAGCCCUUGCCCUCUGAGGAUGACAACUGCACCCUUAUCGAGGUGACUGAGGAGGAGGUGGAGAACUCUGUUAAGCACAUCCCCAGCCUGGCCACAGUGAUUCUGGUCCGGACCAUGCUCCGGAAACGUUCCUUUGGGAACCCCUUCGACUGGGGCAGGAGGGAGGACCGCAGCCUGUCUGGGACUGGGGGCAUACUGACCCGAGGCAGGACAGGCAGUGAGAAACAGUGCUACAUUCAGGGUCGCGCAAGGAAGCAGGAGAGUGGAGACGGCCUAAGGAGCAUGGACCUGCUGUUCGUCAGUGAGGACGACGUGCUCUCCUGAUCUCCAGAGGGCCCCUCGCUCCCGCGUCCUCACUAGCGCUUUGCUUUGGGGUUUGUGACCUUGGCAUCUGGGUGGGGCACGCCAGACAUCUUUCAUUUUGCACUGUUGUUCCAUCCCCCCGCCACUAGAGGGGGUUCGACUAGCAUGAAGCUCGUCGUCGGCACCCUCCAUUUGACUCCCCUGCUUUGCUAAAUGCAAACACACACACACACACGCAGAUGUUCCCUAUUCCUGUCAUAUUCAAGGGCCCUGGAGGUAUAGAUGUGAGUUUUUCCUUUUUUUCCGCUUCGGUCAGUAUCCCGUCUGGUGCGGAUGGAUUGCUGGACGAUGAAUGUGUAGCCUGCCCUUUGGGUUGGCCAUCUUGUACCAUACUACAUAUUUAUAAGUGACUAAGACUUGUGUACAGUAAUGGGUAACGGAAAACAAAACGAUAUGCAUAUCCUUCUCAGUUGUUAAAUACUGUUUAUGCUGUAGGAGUAUGAUUUUAUUCAGGUGAUUUGGGAAAAAAAACUCUGCUUUUACCCUCAGUACAAAGGAAUCUGGUUUGAAUCCCUUUGAACUUUCAUAAAAGGACGACACAACAGUUGGAGGACAAAAAACUGUGUCCGAUUCUCCGAUCCGAGUACAAAAAGCAGCAUCCAAGACGCAUGUAAAGUUGCUUUUGCUGUCAAACGGAUAGACCUUAUACAGCUGCAAUAAACACACCUGCCGCCUGUUACACAUGGCUGUAUAAUAUUAUGUACAAACCUGUUGCAAUUAGGGGCGUAAAUUGUAAGCCACGUGGUAAAUUGCCACAAUACGAUUCAGUUAAAAUUUUGCAGGGCAGCAGCAAAUUAACAUCAGGUGACAUUUGAAUUGCUACUGCGAUACAGUAAGAUUUGACUUGGUAAUACAUGAUCGAUAUUCAAUACAAUGAAACAAGCUAAUUUUAGAAUUUGCAUUCAAAAUGACUUAACAUUACAUGUUUAAUUUCAACAACAGAAUAUGUUGAAAAAUAUCCAUCUCAAACACAAAUGUCUGCACAGGAAACAUUCCGUCUUGUAUUUGUACUUCAACAGGAAGAAACUAUUUCUGGAUAGCUUAUUCUGAGGGUGUACUAAAGUACAUAAAAUAUACUGUAAUGUAGUGCUCUUUAUUCUCAAUGAAGGCGAGUCUCUAGAUUUCAUUGUGCAAGAUCUUUUCCAGCAGCAUUUUACCAUAUCGUCAUGGUUUAACGAUAUGAAUCUAUUUGUUAAUUGUCAACUGAAUUGUACCAUGGCCUUAACAAUCAAUAUAUCAUUUAGAAUUAAUGAAUCGUUACACCCCUAGUUGCUAUGGCUCCAUCCUUCUUUGAAUUCCCUCGACAUGAAGUAUGUGCUGUCAUCUUUUAAUGCUUUGCUGUCCCCGACUUUCAAAGACCUCUGUGUAAAAUUUGACACACCAAGUAGGCUUAGCACCUACUCUAUGGUCUUUUUGCGCCCUGGUCUGGUUCUAGCUUUGCUUUCAGGCACUUAAUUUGGAUCUAAACUCCAAAAAAAUCUCACUCUUUGCUGCCUGUGAUUUUUUUUUUUCCUGGGGUUAAAAUAAUUCUUUAUGGUUUCUUGUAAGGCGCGUGAUGGAGAGGCUUAAACCAAAAAACGUACUGUGGCGAAUUUUAAUUCAGGACUAAAAACGUAAACCAGCUAAUCCAGUGGGGCCAUGAAGGCAGAGCAGAGAAGAUCCAAACCAGUAACCUGUACUGUCAACUAAUAUUUACAAUAAAAAAAAACCAAGGUGUAGAAUUAACGUCACUUUUAAUGUAACUUCACCUGAAGUGUAUGUUAUACAGUAUAAAGAAA